UACAGAAAAUAAUCAUCUAUGCUCAUAUGGUUUUGCAAAAUAUAAACCUUCUAAAGAAACAUCUCAAACUAUUAGAUGGAAGUAUUUCUUUCAUGCUGAUGAAAAAUCUCGAAUUUUUAUGGCUGGUGAUAUUAUGUUUAUUUCAGGAAAAUAUAUAGUAGAAAAUUCUGAACAAUCCAACCGUAAGCCAAAAGAAACUGAAGGAAUUAUUCAUUUUGGUAUGGAAUGUACUGAGUAUAAUUCUGUUACCAGACCAUUAGGUCCAAAUAUUAAAAUAGGUGGCACCUAUCUCAUAUCUGGUUUCUUUAAAUUUUCCCAAUCUGGAAAAUUAAUGAUCGAGGCAACUGAAAUCGAAUAUUUAAAAAUUACACAGUUAAAUUAUAAUAUACCUGAAAGUUCUUCAUCAUCAGUAUCUAAUACCCGAUCAAUUAUUGAUAUUAUUGCUGAUGAUAUAGACUCUAUUACUACCGAAAUACCACCAAAACAUGCUGAAUUCACAACUUUUUCUGUUAAACAUAAUACUACUAGCAUUGAUACUAAUACAGAAAUUAAUUUGCAUUAUGGAAGUAAUCAAAACUACGCUGAUUUGGAUGCUCAAAUUGAGGAAAAAGAAAAGCAUAAUAUUAAUGAAAACAUUGCAGACAAUAUAAAGAUAAAAGUUUUCAAAAUGUGGAUGAAG